AUGGGCAACAACGCGGCUAACAAGCAUACAAGACUCAGCCGGUACGUGAAGGCACCCAUUAGAAUCCUCAUCAAGAUCAGGGAAUUCUACGUCCAAGGCAUGACUGAAUUAUCGGGUCGCUUUGAAUACGGCACGGCCAUGGGAUGCCCCACUCCCCAAAUAUCCACUCUCCCUAAGAGCUUCAGCACCAACUCCGCCAGAUCGAGCAACAGCAAUGAAGAUUUCAGGGAGCUUACGAGGGCUGCAUCUACUAGGGGCCUCGGCAAUAAAGUUCAGGCGGAUCUUCUUCGAAGACAGCAGGCCGUUGGCAACUCUCCAGCAACUGCUGCACCUGGUAAUAUAUCUCGGAGCCGCAGUGUUGCUUUUGGGAGGAUCGAUGAAGACAAGCCCUGCGAUUUUGAAGAAGAUAUCAAGGUCAAUGCAGAUGUGUAUCCAAGAAGCAGAAGCUACGCUGUCUCUAGGAGAAGUAGAGUGUUUUAA